UCGCCGCCCGUCUUUUCAAUAAUUUGUCCAAAAAAAAGAUAUACACACACAUAUAUUAUAAGAGCCAAAAAAAAAAAAAGAAGAAGAAGAAGAAGAAGAAGCAGGGAUGACUCUAGGUACACCGACGACUUUGCAAAUCUGAUCAAGACCUCCCCCUUUGUCUCCCAAGUUUCCUCCGCCAAAUCCUCAUCCGAAGGUGCAAUAUGAGUCUAAGGAGAGGGUGUCUUUUUCUCUUCGUAAUGGUAGUCAUCUGCGUACGAGCUAAUGCAAGAAAUCCGGUCACCUUGGAUAUAAUUGCUACAUCAGUGGAUGACCAGGUACCAAAUGAAAAUGAAAAUUCUGAAGCGGUUGAAAGAAAUGGACAAUUGUGCACACUAUGCCAAGAUUAUACGACCCAGGUUGUCGAAUAUUUUAGCAAAAAUGAGACACAAUAUGAGAUCAUCAGCACACUACAUCAAGCAUGCUCCCUCCUCCAUGUUUUCAAACAUCAGUGUGUUUCAUUGGCAGAUCAUUAUGCACCUAUGUUCUUCUCGGAGAUUGCUACAAUACAACCUGAGCUGUUCUGUAAAAAGCUGAAUCUAUGUAAGGAGAUGGCAUCACUUCACUUGCAGAAGAAUGAUGAUGUCUGCAAUGUCUGCCAUCAUGUUGUUAGAGAAGUUCUUACCAAACUGCAGGAUCCAGAUACACAGCUUGAGAUAAUUGAGACACUUCUGAAGGGAUGCAACAAGAUGGAAAACUUUGCGCGGGAGUGCAAACAGUUGGUCUUCGAGUACGGCCCAAUAGUUCUAGCCAACGCGGAGAAGUUUUUCGAGACUACAGAUAUCUGUGCUGCUAUUCAUGUAUGCAAAGCUAACGGAAAGUCUGCUUCCCUUGGUGAACUGCUCCUUUCUUAUGCUUAAAUCUAUACAAGCUUACAGAAACUUGAAAAGAAACUGUUGUACAAAAUCUGUAAUAAUUAAAUCUCUAUUUUGUACCUAUAAUUUGUUUUGUGCCGUGGCCCUCAAAUUUGUCAAAUCUGGCGUGGCAAAUAUUGUGUGAAGCUUGUUCUAGUUGCCUACUCUUGAACGGUUACAUUCCUCUGUAAAUAAUAUGUUUCCCAAGAAAGAUGAUAUGCUGAUGUUUGAAGUGUAAAAA